CAACAUGGCCACCUGAUAUGUAGCAGACGAUACAGGUGGUAUGAAAAAUUGUAAAUAAAAUUCAGUUCUGCCUUUAAUUAUGAGUGGACGUGUGCAGAAAGAAAGUGCCGAUGAUUCUGAUCGUAUUGACGAUGCUGUGGAUCCUAGAGUGCAGAUUGAACUUGAAAGAUUGAAUACUGCUACGGAUGACAUCAACAAGCUUGAAGUUGAUUUGGAUGAAGCAAGAGCAACUUUUAGAGAAUUACUUUGUGAGUCAACGUUAAAAAUUGAUAGCUUAGCUAAGAAACUUGGUGCUUGCAUUGAAAAAUCUAGACCAUAUUAUGAUGCCAGAUUUAGAGCAAAAGAAGCUUUACAUGAAACCCAAAAGGCUGCAAUUAGAUUUGAAAGAGCUAAUAGUCAGCAUGCAGCAGCAAAAGAGAUGGUUUACUUAGCUGAAGAAGGGUUAAGAACAGAAGGAAGAUGUUUUGACCAUGCUUGGCAGGAAAUGUUAAAUCAUGCAACUGCCAGGGUUAAUGAAUCUGAACAUGAAAGAGCUUUGUCAGAAGCAGAACACAGACACACUACUGCUCUAUAUCAUAAAGCAGAACAUGAGGUGCAAAGCUUGCAAAGUGAACUAAAACGCGCAAUUGCUAAGUCUAGUAUGGGUGCACGUCGCAGCUUGCUUCUGAUAAACAGUAUCGCCUACAGACACAACUUGCUCAUGUUGCCAUAUUAUGAAAUGAAAGCACAUUUUAAUCAAAUGCUUGAAGAACAAAAGUUAAGAGUAAGUGCAUUAGAAAGUUCAGUGGGUGAAGCUAAAAUGACUUAUGCUGAAGCACUAAGAAACUUAGAGAAAAUCAGUGAUGAAAUUCACAGGACUAGAAAGUAUGAUGGAGCAGAUGAAUUUGAUAAAUCUUCAAGAGAUAACAUUGACACAACUUCCCUACAACCUGCUGCAGCAACUUCAACUGAUUCUAGUGUUACUGGAUCACCUGAUAGUACAGAUUACACUAGCGACGAAUAUUUGCGCCUUCCUGAUAAGAUGAGUCCUAAUACACAAUGUCCUAUGCCUACAAGGAUCGAUAGAGAACCUUCUUCUGAAUAUUUGGGCCUAAACAACUUAAACCUCUCAUCGACAGAACCUCGCAAAUAUAUAAAGCGAGACCGUCCAAAAAGCAUCGCAACAACCGACACGAAACAUAUCAUAACAAUAAAUCAAACAAGCUCUUCAACUUCACGGCUGUCAGACUUGUCGAAUAUUCUUUCUCCAAUAGAAAAAAGAGUGAAAAUACAAACACCAAUAGAUACAAAGGACACUAAUACUACUAUACCCAAUGGAGAGGAGUGGACAGAAAUUAGUUUAAAUAAUUCUCCAGAUGAAAUGUACUAUAAUACUGAAAUAUAUUGUGACGAAGAGGAUCAAAUUCCUUACAAACCACUACCGAUGGAUUUAAGUCCAGAAGGUAACAAUCCACCAACCAAUGGUGCAAAUAUUCAGUCAUUUGGUGAAGAAUCUAGUCGAAAGAAAUUAAUAACUCAAAAGUCAUUGCCUGCUAUGCCAAAAGGAAACGAAGUUAGUUUAAGCAAUGAAAAGAAAACAGAAGUAACUAGGAGUCCAUCAGUGAAAAGUAAAAGCAAACUCGAUACUAGUUUAACUAAUUGGAUAACCAGAAGUUCAGCUGGUGGUGAGGCUAGUGCAGGCAGUUCAGCAAACUCAAGUAGAAGACAAUCUCUUGAUAUGUUAUGGAGUGCUGGCACUGGAGAACGAGUGAAAGAAUUACUCAGUCAUGGUAUGAUGAUGUUGAACAUAUCUAGCCUAACGGAUCGACGUUCCAAUGAACCAAAGAUAGCAGAGAGAGAUAAGGAGAAAUCUGAAAAGUCAGAGAAAACAGAAGGAAAAGGGAAAAAAGUUCCUAGUCCAUUAGAAAAGACAAUGACCUAUCUUAAUGCAGACGAAGAGACAUCCGAUAGUGAAAGUUUAGCGAGCGUGGAAAUGUUGACGGAGGAUCAGAUUUCUUCACUUAUGAUGGAACCCGACAUGAAUCAAGUAUGUCAAGAAAUUCUAGGAACUCCUUUAGUUGAAGUGUGUCCAUUAUUGCAACAACUACAACAACAACAAUAGCACUCCAUUUCUUGACGUUACUAAUUUAAUUGAAUCGAAAAGAUACAAUAGAAAGUGUUCAAAAACCACGAUAAC